AUGCCGAAGAAGAAGCAGUUCCUCCAGACCAGUGCUAAGCAACCUGCGCGCGGAAAGAAGAAGGAGCCCGAACCCCAGACCGAGGAUGACUUUCUCGAUGCUGCCGAUGAGUUUGAAAAGAGCGCCGGCAAGUGGAGAGCAGGAGACGCUGCCAAAUCCGCUCGCUUCUUCCAGCGUGCCGUCGACGCCUAUGCCGCCGGUCUGCAGAAGUUUCCGCAGUCUUUCGAUCUGGCUUACAACAAGGCGCUGUUAGAGUACCAGAUCGCCCAAGACCUGCGCAUCGCAGCACAAAUCGGUCCCCCCCUUGUCGACCUCCUCCGACAGGCACUGGACUCACAUCGCUUUGCCAUUGUGCUGAACCCUGACAACCUCGACAUCCUGUUCAACACGGCCAACGUCCUGUCCGACCUUGCCGACCGCGUGAACAAGGCCGAGGCGGUGCCGCUGCUCCAUGAGUCUGUGCAGUGCAUCCGCCAUUGCCUCGAAAGGCAAGUCCAGGAGUAUGAGUCUCUACAAGCAGCUUUCCUUGCAGCAAACUCCGGCGAUCCAGAUGCGCCUAUGGAUGCUGCCCCACCCUCCGCGGAGAAGUCAUCUUCCGGCUCCUCUGCAGAGGAGUAUGCCAGUGUUGAGGAGGCCGUGACCGAAAGCGCCAUUCUCGACUCCGUGUUUUUCAUGGCAAACACGCUUGCAGACCUUCUUAGCAUCAUGCCUGCGGAGGAGCUGGAUGCUAUUAGCAAGGACGUCGAGACGGUCGUUGGCUUCUUCACAUCCGGCGCUCUUCAGCCAUACUUCGAGAAGCUAGACCGUACAGUCCCGGAGCCUGAGAAAAAAACACCCACCCUCUCCCUCUCCCUCUCCGCUGCCCCACCCAAGCCCACCCUCGCCCAACCCAGCGAGCACGACUCCGCCCUCGCCGAAGGCUCCCUCGCGCAAGCCCGCCUCUUCUCCGCCGUCAGCGAAGCCGAAUACCGCCGCGGCGAGCGCACCGCCGCAUCCUGGUACGCCGUCGUCCUGGCCAAAUUCGCCGACAUAACGAGCCCACCCUCCUCAUCCUCAUCCGCCCCUCCCCCCUCCCUCCCCUCCCCCGCCGACGCGCACAGCGCCCUCAUCGACGCCCUCUCCGCCAUCGCCACCGCCACCGCCACCAGCGCGCCAUCCCCCGCCGCCGCCGCGCAAGCCGAAUCGACGUACCUGGCGCAAGCACCGUCCGCCGCCAUCGACAGCUCGGCGGCCGAGCCGGGUCCCCCCGCCGCGCCGCAGGACGUGACGGACGACGACGCGGCCGCCGCCGCCGUGCACGCCGACGCCCUGAAGCGCGCGUACCACGUCCUCGCCGCGACGCUGUCCCCGCCCCCGCCCCCGUCCGACGACAAGGCGCCCCAGCUGUACGUCGCGCUCGGCGACGUGCACUGGCGGCUGCGCGGCGCCGCCGUCGCGGGCUCGCAGGGCGACGUUGCGGCGGCGGUGGCGCAGGCGCGGAGGGCGGAGGCGUGCUGGGAGGAGGCGGAGAGGAGGGCGAGGGGGGUGGGGGUGCAGUGCGCGGAGGAGGAGGUCGAGGCGAGGGGGAAGAGGGUGGUGUCGGUGGUGUUGCGGGGAGGUGGUGGUUCUGGAAGGGUUCUGGGUGGUGGGGGAGAGGCGAGGGAGGUGGCGGUGCAGGCGGUGCAGGAGAUGAGGGAGGAUGAGUUGUUGGGCGAUGUUCUCGCGGAGCAUGCGUUGAAGGUGCUUGGGGCGGCGUAG